CCAAUCAUAACGUUGAAAACCUAAGCUGAGCAGAUAUCUGGAUGUGGAGUUUUGCAUAUUAAUAAAACUAAAAGCACUUAGGCCUACGUCAGUUAAUCAUGCCUCGGGAGAUUAUUACCUUGCAGCUUGGACAAUGUGGCAACCAGAUUGGUAUGGAGUUUUGGAAGCAGCUGUGUCUGGAACAUGGAAUCAGCCCGGAAGGAAUUCUUGAAGAUUUUGCAACGGAUGGAUCAGAUCGCAAGGAUGUCUUUUUUUAUCAGGCUGAUGAUGAACAUUACAUACCCAGAGCAGUUUUGUUAGACUUGGAACCCAGGGUCAUUCAUGGAAUCCAGAACUCUCCCUAUGCCAAUCUGUACAAUCCAGAAAACAUCUACAUUUCUAAGGAUGGAGGGGGAGCUGGAAACAACUGGGCAUCAGGCUACACACAGGGUGAAAAACUGUACGAAGAGGUUUUUGACAUCAUAGACAGAGAAGCCGAUAACAGUGAUAGUCUUGAGGGUUUUGUGUUGUGUCAUUCCAUCGCUGGUGGGACUGGGUCCGGUAUGGGAUCCUAUAUCCUGGAGAAACUAAAUGACAGGUUUCCUAAGAAGUUGAUCCAGACCUACUCGGUGUUUCCUAAUCAGCAGGAGAUAAGUGAUGUCGUUGUACAGCCUUAUAAUUCCAUGCUUACAUUGAAGAGACUGACACAGAAUAGUGAUUGUGUGGUUGUACUUGACAACACAGCUCUGAACAGGAUAGCUACCGAGAGGCUCCAUCUUCAACAGCCAGAUUUUUUACAGAUCAACCAGAUGGUGUCCACCAUCAUGUCAACCAGCACCACAACGUUGAGGUACCCUGGCUAUAUGAACAAUGAUCUGAUUGGACUGGUAGCUUCCCUCAUCCCCACCCCAAGGCUUCAUUUCCUUAUGACUGGUUAUACACCUCUUACACUGGGAACAGACACCAAGCUGGCAAGUGUUAGGAAGACCACAGUCCUUGACGUGAUGCGUCGUCUCCUGCAACCCAAGAACAUCAUGGUGUCUACCACAUUAAGAGAUAAACAGAGUAGUCACUGCUACAUCUCAAUCCUCAACAUCAUUCAGGGAGAGGUUGACCCAACACAAGUCCACAAGAGUCUUCAGAGGAUACGAGAACGAAAGCUUGCCAACUUCAUACCGUGGGGACCAGCAAGUAUUCAGGUGGCUCUAUCUAAGAAAUCUCCUUAUGUACAGACAGCUCACAGAGUCAGUGGUUUGAUGUUAGCAAACCAUACCAGCAUUGUCUCACUGUUCGAGAGGACAUGCCAGCAGUUUGACAAGCUUCGGAAGCGAGAGGCUUUCCUGGAGCAGUUCCGUAAGGAGAGUAUCUUCAAGGAUAAUCUUGAUGAGUUAGAUGAUUCUAGAGAGGUUGUUCAGCAGCUGAUUGAUGAGUGCCAUGCUGCAACCAAACCCGAUUAUAUCUCAUGGGGCACUCAGCAGAGUGCUCAAGCUUCAAAGUCGUGAGACAAACGAGAAGCAAAGCAAGCUGGGGGAUAUGUCAACAGUCCAAAUCCAAUUACUGGAGCUUAUGUUGAAUUCUACUCAAACAAAUCCCCAGAUGCUGGAGACUGCUCUUGUUUGACUAGCCCAUAUCCUGGACAUAUCAUUGUGAGCUGUUGAUUGGUCUCAGAGAGUGAGCUCUGAAAGACUAUAGUGGAAAGACUCUUGUGGCUGGAAUAUAGGAGUCGGCCACCUGUGACUAUACAAACAACCUUUGAGCUCAUCUUUGUGUAGUAAAAAAAAAAUUUUUUUAACUUACAAAAUUAAUUUCUCAAGUUGUCUGCUUUGGAUGGGAAAGUACAUGAGACCAGAUGACAAUGCCAUUGGGUGCAGUACUAUCCUCAACGUUCAUAUUUAUGGACAGUUGAAGGAUUUUGCUUCCCAUCAUCUUCUUUAAAGACUAAGGAGAUCUAUCUAUAGUCUGGAUGUACUGUAUGAAACUUUCCUCUCAAGGUACAAACCAAGGUGCAAACUAUUCCAUUUUGCAGAAUGUUUGCUGCUUCUAAUAGAAAUAAUACUGAUUUCAUUAAAUUACCCUUUUUUUCUAAAAUUGUAUUACAUAUGCGUCUAUGACAGAGAAGUUGAACAUUUUGACAACUUUUGGGGUUUUAUCCAGACUAAAAUACUGCAAUUCUUUAUAUCAGGUUGAUAUUCCUCUAGGUGUAACCUAUUUAUUCUAUCAUGGGAUUUAAUGUAUCAUUUAUGCUUUGACUUAGCCGGGGAAACAUGGAUGCUUGGGGUGAUUUCGCCCCCAAUAUGUUCAAAAGAGCCCUUGAAAAUCCCCAUUCAUUGCAAUGUUAAAGUUUAUCAAAUGUUGCAGAUUCAUGCAGUAAGUUUUGAAAGGUAGCCCCUGAAAAAAAAAUUGUCUGGACAUAGCAAAACAUGAGACUCGUUUUUUUAUCCACUUUAAGUUCUUUUCCUUUUAGAUUAAAAGUACUUAUUCUGGCUUAAGCAGAUAGGAGUAUUUUGCAAAAGAAUAUAUUAUAUGUUGUAGAUGGUGAAACUCCCCCUGUACAGAUAUUGAAGACUGAAUACACUACAGUGCGUCCCAAAAAAAACUAUACACUUUUGAAAUGGCUGCCAAAUAAUAAAUGGAGCACUUUGCUGAAAAAGACUUACAUAUAUGGAAAGCCAAUAAAGUCAACUUUCAAAUGACACCAAAAAGUUGGAAAACUAUUCAUGCUUGAGCGAGCACUGCCCACUGAAACAAAGGGUAUGAAAAUUAGGGUGGGCUGGAAUUAGCCUUCCAAUUUGUGUCAGUUUUUAAGAGGCAAAUCCUUUUAAACUUGCAAAGUUAAGGGCGUUGUGAUAAAUUAAUGAUCAACCAUGACCAGUUUUGGUUGCAUAAGCAAAUUUCAUAAAUUAUUAAAUUGAACUUUAAUGCAUUAGUGAGCAUAAAUUAUACUUUUGGGGCAGCAUUUCAACUUUAUCAUUUGGAUCUCUUUUUUGGGCAGCAUUUCAACUUUAUCAUGUGGAUCUCAGCAAUGUGUUCAUGGGAGUCUGGAGGAUAGGGGGUGAGAUAGGAUUUAAGUGGGAGAAGCAGGUUGAUGGAAUAAGGGUCAACAGAACAUUGAGUCCCCGCCCCCUCCCUCUUUCCCACCCUCCCCCUCCCUCUUUCCCAUCCUCCCCUCCUGUUGUGAGACUGAUGGCUAUUGUCAUGUAUGCGUGAAGUCCAGAGCAGAAUGUCGAUUUAAUGAUAAAUUCUGAAUUGGGGCAUCAACUUUUUCCUAUCAAUCAUUGAAUCAACAAUUUAUUAGUAAAUCAACUCAUUCAAUGUGCAAUGUGAUCAAUCAAACAUUCAUUUUUUUUCAAUAAAUUAUUUCAUUAAUCAUCAU